CUGUAUCAGAGCCAAGAACCUUCAUUUUCUUUCUCUCUCCACUCUCUCUCUCUCUCUCUCUCCUCUUCUUCCUCCUUUGUUUCUCACUUUCUAAGCAAUUUCACGUCGGUGCGUUCGGACUCAACUGCAUUUGAAAGGAAUUUGCAUACGUUACCUGAUCGCCGCGGGAUUUCGAUUGGAUCUGCUGCGUAAUCGUACAGGAACACUGAUUGCUAGUUACGAUCCUGGGCAUGGGCUCUGCUUCAGUUGCUGAUUUACUAGAGGCCUCAUCAGGCGUGCAUUUUUCUGGGCUUUAUAUGGAUAGUUUGAAGCAACAAAAUGGUCAUACGAAGAACUUGAUGUCAGGAACUGAAAAUUUUCAAAAACAACCCUUCGUCAUAGGGGUUGCGGGUGGUGCGACCUCUGGAAAGACAACCGUUUGUGAUAUGAUCAUUCAUCAACUUCAUGAUCAGCGAGUCGUACUUGUAAACCAGGAUUCCUUCUAUCAUUAUUUAACUUCCGAGGAACUUGCACAAGUCCAUGAAUACAACUUUGACCAUCCUAAUGCAUUUGACACAGAGGAACUUUUAAGUUCGAUGGAGAAAUUGAGGCAUGGGGAGCCUGUAGAUAUUCCAAAAUAUGACUUCAAGAGUUACAAAAAUAACGUUUUUCCACCAAGAAGGGUUAACCCUGCAGAUGUUAUCAUUUUGGAAGGAAUUCUCGUUUUCCAUGACCCUCGUGUACGAGAACUGAUGAAUAUGAAGAUAUUUGUUGAUACAGAUGCUGAUGUUCGUUUAGCGAGAAGGAUUAAGCGUGAUACUGUGGAGAAGGCUAGAGACAUAGCUGCAGUACUCGAUCAGUAUUCAAAAUUUGUAAAGCCUGCAUUUGAUGACUUCAUACUUCCAACAAAGAAGUAUGCUGAUAUCAUCAUUCCCAGAGGGGGUGACAAUCAUGUUGCCAUUGAUUUGAUUGUACAACAUAUUCGCACGAAGCUUGGUCAGCAUGAUCUUUGUAAAAUAUACCCUAAUUUAUAUGUUAUCCAGUCUACCUUCCAGAUACGAGGAAUGCAUACAUUAAUACGAGAUGCUAAAACCACAAAGCAUGAUUUUGUGUUUUAUGCCGACCGGUUGAUUCGUUUGGUUGUUGAACAUGGUCUGGGACAUUUACCAUUUACAGAGAAGCAGGUGACAACUCCAACUGGAUCUGUGUACAGUGGUGUUGAUUUCUGCAAGAGGUUAUGUGGUGUAUCUGUCAUCAGGAGUGGUGAGAGUAUGGAAAAUGCUCUGCGGGCAUGCUGUAAAGGCAUCAAAAUUGGAAAGAUUCUCAUUCAUAGGGAAGGCGACAAUGGUCAACAGGUAUGCUCUUGUUUUCGCGUCUUCUUUGGUUUUGUUCCCAAGUGCAUGCAUAUAUUGACAGGUUUUGACGUUGUGCAGUUAAUUUAUGAAAAACUACCCUCUGAUAUCUCCAAUAGACAUGUAUUACUAUUGGAUCCCAUCCUAGGCACAGGGUAUUCAGCGGUGCAAGCUAUUUCUUUGCUCAUAAGCAAGGGCGUUCCAGAGCCUAAUAUUAUAUUUCUCAAUCUCAUAUCCGCACCUCAAGGCGUUCAUGUGGUGUGCAAACGUUUUCCAAGAAUAAAGAUAGUGACCUCUGAAAUUGAGAUUGGUCUGAAUGAAGAUUUUCGUGUGGUGCCUGGUAUGGGUGAGUUUGGGGAUCGAUAUUUUGGAACCGACGAUGAUGAAGAAGUGAGGCCUCUCCACAGUAAUCGUUCUCUCAAGUAAUAAUACUCCCACAACACACCCGAAUCAUACCUAGUCGUUAAUUGUGGAGAGAGAUGAUCUUACCUCAAAAUAAUGUGGUUAUUAUAUGAAUGCGCUUCACGAGGUGUUUAGAAAGAAAAAAUUUUGACUCAUAAGUGCCUUAUAUAUGGAAACAAACGCCGCCCCUUAUUAUAUUAUUGUUAUUAUUACUACUAUUACUAUU